AUGAAUAAUCAUCACCCAAGAAACAAGAAAAUGAUUAGUGCCCAUAAGAAUAUUGGCACUAUGGAAUCAAAUGUUAGUGAUUUGAAUAUGGAAUUGUGUGAGGAGAUGUCCAACUAUGUGGAAAAACUGACAACAUCAGGAAAACAAACAUUGGAUGAAGACAUUUUGAAAAAGUUUAAAAAGAUUUGCAAGAAGUCAGACAGCUAUGUUCUCCAUGCCUACCAUCUUCUUAUGGUACAACUGUGCAAGGACCAUGCAGAAAUACGGCGGUCAGCUUUCCAAAUAAUUGACCAACUUUUCCAAAGAUCACAUUGCUUUCGUGAGAAAUUAGUGUCUGAAUUUCAAACAUUUUUUGAAUUAACAAUUGAAAUUGAUCCUGAGCAGCCAUUACCACCUCCAAAAGCUGUGGCUCGAAACCUCAAGGUGGAUGCUCUGAAGGCCAUCCAGCAGUGGAAUCAAAAAUUUGGACCAGGCUAUAAGAAACUAACCCUUGGCUACAACUUUCUGAAGAACUGUAAAAUGAUUGACUUCAAUGACAUUCAAGCUCGCAGCGUUGUAGAACGCAUGAGGGAACAAGAAAAGGAAAGGAAAAAAGAACUCCAUUUACAACGGAAACGGGAAAAGAUAACUAAAGAAAUUGAAGAAUCCAAGUCACAAAUUGAUAGCUGCUUGGUGGAAGCAGAGAAUUGUUUUCAGCUAUUGCUUCCCACUCCUGAUUCUUUUUUCAUCCCAGAAGUAAACACUGAUGAUGACAAUGAGCCUGAUGGCACAGAUGAGGACAAAGACAAUGCUGAAUCACUUGAAAGAGAAAAUUCAAAGAGCUCUGAUUCUGAAGACAAUGAUUUUGAAGAUGUAGCUGAAGGGUUUUCAACUUCUGACCUGGUCAAAGACCAUGGUCUUGGUUCAGCCACGUACAACCUAACCAUUGACGUGAACAGCGAAGUGAACAUUAAGGAGACUGAUGACAAUCGUGACUUGAUGAAUAGUCUCAAAGAUAGUUACUGUCUGAUAUGCCGGAAAUAUCUACCCACAGUCACUCGAUGGCUGCAGGGUCUAUCCCAAUCUGGAGCCAAUGAUAUUCUGGUGAAACAGAUCAUAGAUCUUAAGACCAGUUUAACAGAAACUAAAACCAAAUAUGGAAAGCUGAAAUUCCUGAAGGCUGUAAAAACCAACCCUGAUUCUGAUGAUGAUGAUGAUGACUUUGAAGAAGUUGAGGAAAAAGAAGGCUAUGAACCUGAAAUCCCAGCUCACUUGAGAAAAGAAUAUGGCCUUGACCCUGUAGCUAGCAAAUCUGCGUCUUCUGCUGGUCAGAGUGUUAAAAAACCGCAUACAGAACCAUCCAGACCUCUGGUCAAGAAGUUCAUCAGUAGUGAUGUACUCAAGAAACCAGUGAAAAUAACACCACGACACUGGAGUAUUAAUGCAGAUAUUCGUCCAGAAGAUGUAACUGACCCAACAUCUAUGGCAGCAACUGUAGCCAAGUGGAAGAAAGAACUAGAGCAGAACACAAUGGAAGAGAAGCCAUCGACUUCUUCUAGCCAACAAGACUGUGAACCAAGUACUUCCUCUGGAAUUAGCCACCCCAGCACAUCUAAGCUGCGCAACCAGUCUACUGGUUCUGUGAAGAAAGAAAUCAUUGUUGGGGAUAGAAAGAAAGAAGAGAUGCUCAAGAUGGCACCAUUUGUACCCUUUGGACCUGAUCUGGCAUCAUGGGAGAACCCAAACAAUGUAGAAGUUCCUAUGAUUAUCAAAUAUGAUUCUUUGCAUCGUUUUUGGGCCCCAAAGGAAGCAGAAUGUACUGCCAGUGAGCAAGACAUUGCUCUUCUCAAGAACCGUUCCUUUUCGUUUGUUGGUGAAUUUGAACCAGUCAAGUGGAAAUGUCGAGCUCCAAUGCCAAAUGGAACUUUAUGCCCAAGAAUGGAUCGAAUAAAGUGCCCUUUCCAUGGUAAAAUUAUUGGCCGUGAUAAUAUGGGGCGACCAACAAACAAGGAAGAUGCAGAGAGACUUGCAAAAGAUGAGGCUGCAAAAAAUGGUUGGCAAGACAAGGAAUUGCAGAGAGACAUUGAAGCUGCUCUUGGGAUCGAUCUUGGUUCUGAUAGGGACCUGUGUGUGGAAAAAGGCAAGGGUAAGGGCAAAGGGAAGAGAAAAAAGAAAAAAGAGGAAGUAAACCUGACUGAUAUAAAAACUCCUCGGAACUCUGUCCAUGACCGACUGCAGAAAAAAUUGUUCAAGGCAUCUACACUGAAGAGGGUCAAUGCUGUGUUAGACAUUAUGGAUGCCAAGAAAAGUAAGGACAAAUUUGGCAAUCAGUUUCAUUAUGCCCACAGUCAUAUUUAA